UCGUUGUUUUUGUUCGGAAGUGUUUCUUUCAAAGUGAUUAUCGUGGAGCUGUUAACGUGGUGAUUGCGAUAUGGCGACGAACAGAGGUAAUCAAGGUGGGAAUGGUUGCGGACCAGGCGGUACCGGGAAUGCUAAUCGGGGUGGAUGGAACGGUGGAGGCGUCAACGGGAAUGGGGGUAAUAAUGGGAAUUGGAACAGGAACGGGAACGGUGGUGGGAAUGGGAACGAGAAUGGUACUGGAUAUUGGGAGAACGACAAUAAUGGGUGGAGCGACGGUAAUGGCGGAGAAAACGAGAAAGAAGAGCGACGUGAGGUUGAGCUAUGUGAAGCUGAAGAAAGGAGAAAACGAAAAGAUGAAGAGAGAGGUGCCAGAGAAGAGAAAAAUCGUCUUGAGAUCGCGAAGGCUAAAGCUAAGGAAGACAAGGAAGCGAUGAGGGAAUGGAAGUUAGAGCAGCUGUUAGCUAAGCAGAAGCAAGCUUUGAAGGACGAAUUUGAGUUAAUGUUCGAGAAACGCCUGAGGAAGGCCAUCGUGUCACAGGAAGCCGUGAAGGGUCAACGGAGACAUGAAUCCAGCGAUGAGGAGGAGGAGGAGGAGGAGGAGGCGUAGGAACGGUUGGAGAAGAGGAAACGUCAACCUGCGGUCUCUUGCAUGAUACAUGGCGAAACCCCAUCGAAGAUGGGGAAACCUUCAACUUCGGUUCCUGCACGAGGUCUAGAAGAGGGGCCUUCUCCACAAUUAGCGGUACCAAGGCAAAGGAACAACACGGAUGAUGAAGUGGGAGACUCCCCAUUGUGGGAAGGUGCCCCCAGGGCUUAAGAUUAUGCAACGACGGCUGCCUUUUAGAAGGCGAUUCAUAAGUUUGGGGAAGAAAAUGAAAGCUACAAUCGAAC